AAGCCCAGAACUGCUGGGUUGAGGGUCCUUGAACUGGACCCCGGAGUAGAGGGUGGGCUUGGGUUCCCCUACCAGCUACUGGAGGAGUGGCACCUGAGCCAGAGAAUGGGAAGCCUGCCUAGGACUGCUGAAGGAGAGACUUUGAUAUACCCUGGAAGGGGGGAACACUGAGUGACCUGGCUGGAAGUUCAUGAAGAGGGUGUAGCGGUUCCUGGAAUGAAAGAGGGGCUGCAGACCAGAGAGAGAGACGGAGUGGCAGCAUGCAACAGUGGGAAUGAGCGUCGAUCUGAUGAGCUAAUCCCCAGAGCAGCCAGGAGGAGGCACCAGACUAGUGGUGAGUUGGGCGCCCCAUCACAGACACCCUCACUGACAACAGCCCGACCAGGGAUAAACAGGACAUUGCUUCCCCCGUGUGCAACCUCGUUCUGCUGCCCUUGCUUCUGGGUUUCUGAAGAGCCCAGCCAAUAAUAAUCCAGCUCAGGAACGUUAGUUGGCAUUGAACUGCUAAAUAAAAGGUUUUUGUUUUCCACUGCUAUCAGUGUAAGGCUUGCUGCUGCUGCAAAACGUUAUAGUUUUCCUUCCACAAAUUAGUAAACUUCCCUUUGAGUUGAUGACUGUGGAUAUUCAGUAUCAGUUCCUUGCUGGGGGAAAACCAUACUGCAGAGGGUUGAACUGAAAUAAUGAAAUCGGUAGGAGGCACCAGAGAAACAUCUGUCACUAAAAAGGAAGCUUCAUGAUGAAGCAACAUACCAGUCGGUCUGGAGGAACAGGCGGAGAGUUGCGCAUUGUGCCUUUUUACUUCAGAACUGGUGAUACAAGAAUCUUUGGACUUGUGCCCUGAACAAUAAGCAGCAUCAAGUGGAACAGAAUCUGAGUCUAUUAAAUGUACUCCAUCACAUUCGGAUAAGCUAAUCUGUGCUGAACCAAAGCUUUUCUUGUGGAGUUAGUUAAUUGUACAGUGAGCUACAAAGAAGCAGUAACUACUUAUCAGGAUGAACUGCAACAACACCAACAGCACAGUGCAAGAAAAUCUUAACCUUUUACAACUGAUUAUUUACAUCCCAAUUGUCUUUUUUGGAGUUAUAUUUAAUAUCAUUGCCUUCUGGGUAUUCUGCUGCAAGCUGAAAAAAUGGACAGAAACCAGAGUGUACAUGAUCAACUUAGUCAUUGCAGACUGUUUUCUCCUCUUCACCUUGCCUUUCAUUGUGCAUUUUCACAGGACUAAACAUCCCAUAGAUAAACUGUGCUAUGUCAUACAGACUAUAUAUUUUACAAACAUGCCCGUAAGCAUUUAUAUCAUCACCCUUAUAGCCGUCGACCGAUUCAUUGCAAUAAAGUACCCCCUGAAAGCAAAGAAUUUCAGGUCCCCAUUGAAGGCAGCUGUUAGCUGUGGAUUUCUUUGGAUAAUAAUAAUCAUUUAUGCAUGCUUCAACCCACGAUUUACUGAGAAAAGUGCAAAAAUUUGCUUUCAGAAAAAUUCUGCUGACCCUGCAAAAUCUACACUGUUGUCAAGUAUUUUGGGUUUUUUUAUGCCACUAGUAAUACUGAGUUUUUGUUCUAUUCAAGUCAUCCGGUGUCUGAAGAUGAAGAAGAACAUGAGUCCACCUGAGGAAACAUCAAUCCAGAAGGCUCUCUGGAUAGUUUCUAUGAACCUGAGUGUAUUUAUCAUAUGUUUUUUACCUUUUAAUGUCGGGCUACUUGUUAAGUAUGUAAUGGAGGCAGCUGGAGCUGCCUGCUCUUUACUCCACAAUGCAAGCCUUUUUAUUCGUGUGGCUGCAUGGGUAGCAAAUUCUAACUGCUGCUUGGAUACGCUUUGUUAUUACUUUGUAGCCAAGGAAUUUCAGGAAGCUUCUUCUCUGUUACCCCCUUUUAAAUCUCUGAAGUCUAGAUCAAAUCAAAGCCAAAUCACAACCACAAAUGCGCUAAGUGAUCACAAAAAAAUGUGUGAUACAAGGGCGGAUCCAUAGCACAUAUAAAUUGUCAUAGCUCCACUGACUUGCCAUAAAGUCUGUUAUUAUUGUGGGUAAUAGUCACAAAAACUUCCUCAAAGUGUACCUGAUUCUGAUCUCACUUAUCCUCGUCUUACAGCAUUCUGACUCGAGUAAUUUCAACAAAGUUACUUCUGAUUUAUACCAAUGUAACUGAGAUUCCAGUCAGGAUCAAUGUCUCUCUUUGAAGCUAUGCAUAUGCGUAUUUUAUUACUGACAUGCUUUCCUUUGCAUAUACAGCAUUAACCAGCUGACUACAGGAGGCUUUCUCGCAUCAGUACAAGGGUCAGUUAGUUUCUUGUACUGCUGUGAAUGUGUUUGUAAUAAAACCGAUGCAGUAUCAGAAUGUAAAUACUGAGAUGUGUAGCUUUCACAUUAUAUUGGGUUUGCAUAAUUUACAAUAUGCUAUUUUCCUUCCUGCUGCUCUCAGCCAAACAGUAUACAUUUGAAGAAUGAAGCUGCCAUCGGAAUUCAGCUUAUCUCAAUUAGCAGAAUUAUCACCAACACUAGUCAACUACUGGUGUAACCCCACUUUCCUCCCUGGGUGACUUGGGAGCAGGCAACACUCACCUGUAUGCCUGAUGUUGUUGACAUUAAAGGAGAUCCUGAGUAUCCCAGUGGUGAUGUUGGAUAGAUGGGAAUCCUCUAUCCACCCCUCUGCUGCAGUCCCUUUAUUCCUAAAGGAAUUUAAAUUUGGCAGUGCCUCCACAUACCGGCCCCUGUACACACUCAAUGGCAUGCCUUGGGAACCUCCAGGAGAGUAACAGCCUUACAAGGGUAGUCUUGCAGUGGGAGAGGAAGGUGCUCUCUGCUGCCAUCAUCUCAUGACCCGGGAGCAGAGCUAGUAUGAGAGUACUUCAAUGGCAUUCACUGUGCCAGUGUGUUCCUUUGAACAAUUUUUGGUUAUUCAUUUCAGUUUUGGAUGUCGGGGUAAUGAAAUAGUCCUCUUAUUGUGUGAUUAAAAGGUAGCUAAACUGUACUUAAUACACCCUGAGUGAGGGGCUCACCAAAACCACAAUCUCAAUUAUGUACCCCUGUGAAGCGGCAUGUGGCCAUGAGCUGGAGAGAAGAAGUGGAAAGGCGUUCUAUUUUGUAGGAAGGAAGGAAUCCUUGGUGGUGUGGACUCUGCUCAAGGGUUCUAAAUGCCAUUCGCCCUUCCUCCACAGUAAAUGAUGAUAGCAUUGUGAAAGAUGAGGCGGAUGUGAUUAUAGCAGUGGGAAUGAUGUUCAGGGGUUCCAAGGUAAGAUAUUUUGUUUUUCCAGGUUUCUGGUUGGAUGCUGAAGCCAAUGGUGCAUGUUAGUUUUAAGAGGAGCCCCUAGAUAUUUAAACCAAGCUACUGUUGCUGCUGUUAGUGCCUCAUAGAAAGGUCACUUGUAGAAGGAAUUUAUUUAGUGAAGUCCUAUUGCCCGUGUUAUACAGGUUAGCCUAGAUGAUCACAAUGGUCCCUCUGGCUUUAUAAUCUAUGCAAAUUCCAGCCACCCCCUGGAGGAGGGUCAUAAUCUGCCACCCUUAUGUUGACUAAUAGUACUUUGCUGCAUGAAUAGUUCCAUUAAUCAUGCUAGCACUACCUCUGGAAUGAAGCACUAAGUCAACGUGAGGGUGACAGAAUUCAGACCUAAAACACUGAUGGAGGAAAAAAGUGAUGAUGAAUUAGCAAUUGGCUGAAUGAGCAUGGUGUGCAAAUUAAGGUGCAUUUUACCCCAGCUGUGAAGUUAGGAGCUGCUUCCAACUUCACCAAAUGUCAAGUGUGGGCCCGUAUGAAGUUGUGGUUCAAACCGAUGUCUAAUUUCUAUUUGAGAAUUAAUGGAGCAGUGGGUGUGAGCGUGUGUAGAUGGGGCAUUGUAAAUUAUUAUUUGGGUUUCUAUGCUUCCAUCAUUUGGUGAAGGAAAACUUGACUCCUCUUGCUGUGUGGGAGCCUAGAAUUGAUUGCACUGUGCAUGUUACAUGGCAUUUGAAUGGAAAAUGAUAUGAUGAAUGGGCUCAGUCAGUGACGGUGAAAGUCAGGCUCAUUUGCUUGAAAUGAGUACAGCAGCCUAUUGCAGUGAAACACUGCACAGGCUAUUUCCAAACAGUAAUGCUGGCGCCAGCAAGCUACUUCUCUGGUGCAACCUCAGUAGACGAUCAAGAUGCAUUGUGGCUCACCAUCCAUAAGAACCAACAGGGGUUGCUGCUGAUAUAACCCUGUGCAUACCCAAGCUCAUCCAUAUAACAAUGAGUGAGCAAAGCAUUUAUGCAUGUGAAACGUCCUAUUGCCUUCAAUGGGACUGCACCAGUGCUUAAAUGCUUUGCUGGAUUGGGCCUGGGAAGGCUUGAAAAAGAAAUGCAUUUGGGAGGCAUACAAAAGAACGCAGACCUCUCAGAAUACCCUGAAUGACCUCUCAGGAAGCGUCAUCCUAUGUUAAAGACACUAGCACCUUUUCCAUAAUAAUAUCAUUGCAGCAUCCAUAUCGCCAUUCAAUAGGAUUAAAAAAUAAGGCUCUAAACUCAAGGAAAUAAGACACCACACUCACCAAUUGGAAUUUGGGAGAAAUGUCCCCUAUGAGCAGAUUAUUCUAGCAUUGUCUACUAUUGGGUUUCUGACCUUUCACUGCAACAUCUGUAUGAGCCAUUAUCAUAGAUAGGAUACUGUACUAGAUGGUCUACCAGCCUCACCGGUAUGCUAGUUCCUAUGUCCCAUGCACCGUCUCCUCUCUCUGUAGCAUCCAUGCAAGGCCAGACAUAAUCUGACCCUACAUUAGAGGUGGGCAAAGUCCAGAUACAGAGCUGAACGCUUCCAAAGGCUGAGUUACAGCCCAUCUUUGUUUGGAGCCUCUCUUCACCAAUCUGCCUGCACCUUUCCUUCAGCUCAUUAUUUAAUAGACAGCUAUUGCCACACGAGGUCAUAAACAUAUUGCAUAAAAAUAGACAGUUAUAAAUAGCUUGACCUAUGUCUCUAAGAGGAUGAAUGUGAUCAAGGUAGUCACUUACAUUUAACAUGAGCCCAACCACAUCAAUUUUUUUUUAAAUCAGUUAUUCCCUGCAGCCCUCCACCCCCACCCCCCCAAGAGCUAAC